AUGUUGCGCGCAUGCCUGCCGAUUGCGGUGCUGUUGAUGUUGAUUCACGUGUCCGGUAGUGAGUGGGUCGAGAUCCCACAUCUAACACCUUCAUCAUCGGUCCAGAGGACGUCCAUCAGCGCAACGAUCAAACCCUUAUCAUCCGUCAACGUCGGUGGUGGGGACAGUCGCGUGCUGGCCCAUUCGCACCUGCUACUUUCACAUCUAUCCAACGACCGAGAGAGCAGUAGUAGCGACAGCAAGUGGCCAGCCUCAGGUACGUCGGUCCGGUGGCACCGGCCUGUCAGUGACCUGCUAGAUUACGAAAAGGCACAUGAGAGCUACUCCCAAACAAAGCCCUGGAUCACUGGUGGUAAGGACUCAGUGGUCAGUUCCUUCGAGCCGGUUGCGGCAGUUGUGAACGUGUCCAACAAGGUGGAGCCGUGGAGAUCUCACGGUGUACACAGUGCGGGAACUCAUACAGAAGCGGAAGAUGCGGAGGAUGAAGAGGAAUACGACGAGGACCUUCAUGAGGAAUCGAACAGGCGGUAUCCGAUCGUGCAAACCGAGCUACUGCCAUUUGGGAACCGUUAUGAGGAGGAGUCGAUCGAAACCGCACCAGAGGCGCCCAUGGACAGGCCAAAAGUUGUGCAGACGUCGAUGAAUGCGAACCGUUUCGACGAUUUUGACGACUACGAUGAACGCGGGUCUCCGUGGAAGCAACAAGGACACGUAGCCGAUGCGCCAGAAGACGACACACACGAGGAGACCGACGAACCCGAGCAAGAGUACGAAGAAGAGCAGCAGCAGAACGUCACCCCUGUGCAACCGGAUCGCACCGGUACGCCGGCUCAGCUUCCCCAGCCGGUAAACGGGUUGGCGGGCUUUCUCGAUUUCCUGCGUCGCAUGCAGGCGAGCUUUGUGAAACGAACGGCUCACACGAUCGGCGACAAGAUACGGACACUGACCGACAUGCGUGACCAGCUGCUCAGCAGCAUCGAGCAACGCAUCGCCUCCUUGUGGCUGAUGCCGAAUGCAGGACGAUCAAAUCGGAAACGGCGAGUGCGGCGCGGUUGGAUGGAUCCGCACGCCAGUAACGACGCGAUGGACUUCCCCUCGGCAGAGGGCGCCCUGCUUACCAUCUCGUUUCUCACGUUUGCCGUGUUCCUGAUCAAGCUCGUGCUGCAGGUGAUCAACACGAUCAAGGCCAAGCACUACACCUACAGCACCUUCACGGCGGCCACGCCCGUUUCUGGGGGGCUGUUGGUGAAGCGGACGAAGCGCCACACCGAGCAGGACUUCCAGGCCAUCCUUAACGCCAUCGAUGGCUACAGGCCCACGUAG